AUGUGGAGAACAAUCACGCACGCCUCGCUGAGCAGGCGGCGAACCGACCUCUCAGAGAGGUCAUUCACGCGCACCGACUCGGUCGUCGAGCGCGAGGACAAAGCCCUCGCCGAACUCCGAGAACUCUGCCGCAAGAACAACGUGUCGUGGCCGAAAAGCGAACUGGUGGCUGGGGAUAGCGGCCCAGACGACGACAACGACGAUUCCAAUCUCUUGCGAUAUCUGCGAGCGCGGAAAUAUGAUGUUCCCGCUGCAUUCAAACAAUAUGCGGCUUCGGCAAAGUGGCGGCGCGAGAUCCAGUUGGAGAAGACUUACGACGAUGUCGAUAUUGCUCAAUUCGAGACCAUCAGGAGACUGCAACCCCAAUGGACAGGCCGACGAGAUGGCACGGGCGUGCCCAUCAUGGUCUACGUCGUGUCCCAGGUGAAGCCCGAGGACAUCCUCGCACUGCACAAGAUGGAUCCGGCAUUAUCGAGCGUCUUCCUCGCUGCCGAGUAUGUCACUCAAUUUGUGCAGCCAUUGUGCGGGAAGCUCCACCACCGGCGCACUACCAGAUCCAUCAAUAUCAUCGACCUAUCGCACGUCGGCAUACCGACGUUUUGGCGACUGCGGAGGCUGCUCAACGCCGCGAGUACCAUGGCGACAGCACACUAUCCUGAGACGGUGAAGAAAAUAUAUGUGGUCGGGGCGCCCGCGUUCUUCCCGCAGAUAUGGAAAUUCAUCACAAUGUGGUUCGAGAAGGAGACGACGAGAAAAAUCGCCGUGCUCGGCCACCAUGAGAGCGCCGAGAUCCUGUGCCGCGAACUGGGCGCCGACAACCUGCCCAAACGCUUCGGCGGCGAUCUCGACUGGGAGUUUGGAGGGUUUCCGAACCUCAGUCCAGACGCCGAGACCUUCAGCAGCAGGUUGUUCGAAAAGUGGGUAGAAGGGCCCUUGCGGCUCUUAGACGGUCCCGAGGGCAAGUCGAGGAUCGUCGCUGUGGGGUCUCAAGGUGGCGAGUUGAGGAGAGAGGAGUUAUAA